AUGGUAGGCACGAGGUCUGGUAGUAGGGAUGCGGCAGGCCAGCCGGCCUGCACCUCAGGCGCAAAUCCAGUUCAACCGCCGGUGUUGAAUAUGCCUAUAUCGGGGGUCACCAUUCCCGCGACAACUACUGGCAAUGGACCACCGCCGUCGUCGUUGGCACCGCCCAUUGACCCAGUCAUGGAGGAGGUGUCCCGUAUGUUGAGUAGCUCUUUCCGAUCACAGGAUUCCAUUGCACCACCUAGUUUUAGUUCACUAACUGGCUUGAAUGCACCUGCCCGUCCAGUGGACCCGGCAAUGGGGUCUGCGAUGCGCGAGAUAAUCAAUUCGGCUGUAGGUUUGGCUCGUGCAGAGUUCGAGAGGGAACAGGCGGAGAGUAUCCGUAGGCUUAUACCCACCAUAGUAGAGGCCACCCGUCGCUCCUUAGGAGUUGGAGGCAUUUCCGCAAGGGGAAAUAUACCAGUGGAGGCACCCUUUCCGGCUGCUCCACCGGUCCAGGGGCCUCCUAUCAUACCGCCGGUUUCACGAGCUCAGACCGCACCCCAUCCACUUAACACGGCUCGACCGAUAUUGGGUUUUUCACAGCCACCGCCCUCGAUUUCUGUACCUAGGAUUAGCAGUUAUAUUCCCCCACCGAGCCUUGACCCACGGUCACAGGCUUCCGCGCAUAGGGAGGUCAAUCGGAUGGCGAAUGAGGGUGCAGCUUUUAUGAAUCCCCCGAUACAGCAACAGUUUCCCGGCCAUGUUGAAUAUCCUGCUGCUCAGGGUUCCUCCGGUUUGGAACAGGGCCCGGCAGGGCACAAUUUUGCGCAUCAUAUGCCACCUGGGCAGGAUGUGGAGUUUCCACCGCCAAAUCAUUCGCAGUGUGGCAGCGCAAGGCGCUCGACGACUCAAAACCCAGAGAAUGCCGCCAGAAUUACUUUGGCUAAAUGGGGUGUCAAAUUCGACGGCACUACCAAGACAAUGAAUGUCCACGAGUUCAUUUUCCGGGUAGGCGAACUCAAGCGAGAUUAUGAGUGCCCAGAUGAGGAUUUCAUUACAAAGUUCCAUCAACUUUUGGAAAGUCCGGCCUUGGAUUGGUAUUGGGGGCACCGGAAGUUUGUCCAAUUUCGAGACUGGAACGAACUACAAACGGCACUUCUCAAUCAAUACCAACGUUUCGAGAAUGAGUUCCAAGUGCAAACUCAAAUGCUGAACCGCCGCCAAUUACCUCACGAGUCCUUUGAGGACUUCUAUAACGCUGUUAUGCAACUAAGGACGCAACAGAAGGCACCCUAUUCCGAAAACGAAAUGGUGGAAAUUAUGCGGGGGAACUUGAAGUCGUCGUUGGCCCAGAUGAUUUUUUCAGCACGAAUCUCGAACCUGGGUGAAUUUUACCGAGAGGUGAAAAGGGCGGAAAACUUGAUAGCAAGUCAUAGACAGCAGUAUAGUCGUCCCGGCCCGCCACAAAGAGUACAUGAACUGGCCUGGGAAGAAGCUUUGCCACCAGAGAUCUUAGAGGUUGAUGCGAUACAGGACAGAACUAAGAUAAAGUGCUGGAACUGCGAGGCCGAAGGUCAUAGUUGGAACACGGAUCGGCCCAAGGCAAUAGCGGUACCGCAGCGCGAACUGAAACCACUACAUGUGCGGAUCAAGGAGUACAGGGAGGCUAGAACAAGGAUUUUUGGCACGGUGUCGAAUAAAAUACGAAAGGCGAGAGAGAGAUAUAAAGCCCGUAAGAGACUCCGACAACACAUAGCCGCCGCAACCUUAUAUGAGGGAGAGGACACAAGAUUCUACACCAAGAUUUCGAUAAACGGACAGCCGAUUGAAGGUCUGCUAGAUAGUGGUGCCACGGUGUCGUGUCUGGGCAAGGGUUGUGAAGAUUUUGUGGACAAAGCGGGGUUGGAGGUUUCACCUUUUGUCUCCGUCAUCCAAACAGCCGAUGGCACACCCCAUCGCAUUAAAGGUAGAGUCAGCGCCGCUAUCAAUUUUAACAAGAGAGAGUGUGCAGUGACAUUUUAUUUGGUUCCUUCCCUUAGGCGUGAGCUUUUUCUUGGAGUGGACUUCAUGAGGUCUUUUAAUCUUUUCGCUGGGGUCGACAGUCUUUCAACCAACGAUAUUGGCCUCUGUGGCGACGCUGAUGAUAGGACUGAUGAUGAAAUCAAGCUACACUCCUUAACAGACCAGCAGCGGAAACGCUUGAAUGUGGUGAUGGAGAUGUUCCCUUGCUACACCAAGAAGGGACUUGGUAAAACCUCGAUUGAAGUCCAUACAAUUGACACUCGCGAUGCUUGCCCGGUGAAAGAUAGGCAUUAUCCCGUAUCCCCGGCAGUGCAAAGACUCAUGUAUGCGGAAUUGGAUAGGAUGCUUAGCCUGGGAGUGAUUGAGGAGAGCGAGAGCCCAUGGAGUCACCCGGUGACGCUAGUCCGCAAGGGCGAAAAGAACCGGUUGUGCCUGGACGCUCGGAAGCUCAAUGCUCUUACGGUUAAGGACGCCUAUCCCCUUCCGCAUAUAGAGGGUUUGCUCAGUCGGUUGGGGGACACCUAUUUUAUUUCAAGUGUCGACCUAAAAGAUGCGUUUUGGCAGAUCCCCUUGGAUCAUGCAAGUAGAGAGAAAACGGCAUUCACGGUGCCUGGUAGACCACUUUACCAUUUUAAGGUGAUGCCUUUUGGGCUGUGUAAUGCAGCUCAAAGGCUUUGUCGUCUAAUGGAUAGGGUGAUACCAGCCGCGCUUCGGGAUAGAGUUUUCGUCUACUUGGAUGAUCUAUUGGUGGUAUCUCCAGACUUCGACACACACAUGGGGUUGCUAGAGCGAGUGGCCAAUUGUUUAUCAAAUGCAGGCCUCACAAUUAACGUAGCUAAAUCGAAGUUCUGCUUCAAAGAGCUACGUUACUUGGGGUAUAUCGUUGGUGGAGGAAAAUUGAAACCAGACCCUGAAAGGAUAUCGACCAUAAUGAAGUUCUGUUAUCCAAGGACCGCUAAACAGGUUAGAAGCUUUAUGGGUACGACGGGUUGGUAUAGGCGCUUUAUCGCCGAUUACGCCACCAUUGCUGCACCGAUUUUUAACACCCUCAAGAAAGGGAAGCAGUUUAAUUUUCCUGAAGAUGCCAAGGAGGCGUUCAACAAACUGAAGGAGGCACUGGUGACAAGCCCAGUCCUGACGCACCCGGAUUUCACAAGGCACUUCUAUGUUCAGUGCGAUGCCUCGGACUUGGGCAUAGGCGCUGUUCUAUUUCAGAGAGACGACUCAGGAGGAGAACAUCCAAUAGCGUAUUUCUCCCACAAGCUAACCUCCGCUCAGAGAAACUACUCAGUGACUGAGAGGGAAUGCUUGGCCGUGGUGAUGGCCAUUAAGAGAUUCCGGCCAUACAUUGAGUUGCUGCCUUUUUCGGUCAUUACGGACCAUAGCAGUCUCAAGUGGCUGAUGUCUCAUCGGGAUCUGAGUGGUAGGUUAGCCAGGUGGAGCUUGCAUCUGCAGUCGUUCUCUUUCGAAAUAGAGCACCGCCCAGGUAGCCAGAACAUAGUCCCGGAUACACUGUCCCGAUACAGCAUGGAGGAGGUCGCCAUGGACGUUAGCAGUUUCGUGGACCUGGAAUCCUCUGCAUUCUCGACCGAGAGUUAUAUGGAUCUUGUGGCCAAGGUGAAGGAUACUUCCGCUCAGCUGCCCGAUUUGAGGGUAGUGGAUGGGUUGGUCUAUAAAAGGACCCAGCACGAUGAUGGAAUUCCCCUGAAUGAGGACUUCGCCUGGAAGUUGUGGGUUCCAAUGGAGCUUACACGAGACAUCAUCCGAAAGGCUCACUGUCCCCCUCAAGUUUCCCAUGGUGGUUUCCACAAGACGCUGAGAAGGGUAAAGGAGUACUUCUACUGGCCGAAUUUGAAUACUCAGGUUAGACAGUUUGUCCAGGAGUGCCAGACCUGCAAGGAGACGAAACCAUCAAAUACUACCCUUAGGCCACCCAUGGGGAAAGAGUGUGUGACAGAGAGACCCUUUCAGAGGAUCUAUGUCGACUUUUUGGGGCCUUACCCCAGGUCGAAAUCGGGCAAUACAUUCAUCUUUAUUGUGCUAGACCACCUGUCCAAAUAUGUGCUUCUGAAAGCGAUGCCCAAGGCGAGUACCCGGAACGUGGUGAGAUUCCUAAUAUCGGAGGUUUUUCACAAAUUUGGUACACCGGAGACUUUGGUGUCCGAUAAUGGCAAGCAGUUUGUCAGCAAGGAGUUUGCAGAGCUUGUGAGGAAUUUUGGCAUCAACCACGUGAGAACCGCGGCUCAUUCACCCCAGGCGAAUGCGUCCGAAAGGGUGAACCAGUCCAUUUUGACGGCCAUUCGCUCCUAUUUGCAGGAAGACCAAUCGGACUGGGACAAACACUUAUCAGAGGUGGAGUGUUCGCUCCGUUCCUCUGUGCACUCAUCCAUAGGCGUAACCCCGUACUACGCACUCUUUGGCACGAAUAUGAUAAAUCACGGGAGUAUGUAUACGAUCGCUAGGAAACUUGAGCUGCUGAACGACCCCGAAUUGAACUUCCUGAUGAAGUCCGAGAAACUGGAUCUGAUAAGAGGCAGAAUCAGGGAAUGCCUGCACAAAGCUUACCAGCGUGGCGAGAAGGCGUAUAAUCUACGGUGUAGAGUAGUUAACUAUAUUCCUGGUCAAGAAGUCUACCGUCGGAGCUUUAGACAAAGCGAUUUUAAGAAGGGGUACAAUGCUAAGCUGGAUAAUAAGUUUGUACGGUGCCGCGUAGUGAAGCCGAUUGGUAAUUCCCUUUAUGAAAUAGAGGAUUUACAAGGGAAAUCCUUGGGUGUCUAUCACGCCAAGGAUUUGAAGCAAUAG